GGGGAGGGGGGGACUGGGAACGCCACCCCCACCCAGCCCCGCAUCUUCGCUCCCGUCUUAUUUCUCGCCCGCCCAGCCUGGCCGUGCCGCAUUCGCUCGUUGCUCCGGAUCAGACGUGCUCGGGAGUCGCCGCGCCGCCAGCGUCCCCCCACCAUGAUCACCGCAGCGCCGCGUCAGGAGACCAGCAAACCCAUCGACCCCUUCACUUAUGACUAUGAUACAUUGCGCUUGGUGGGGAUGAUCCUGGCCACCAUCAUGUUUGUGCUGGGAAUCUUGAUAGCACUGAGUAAAAAAUUCAAAUGCAAAAAAUCAGACCCUGGACUGUCAGACCCCAGGGCGACAGGCAAGAGUCCCAGUAAGUGUUGCAGCACUGGGGAGAGGAACACCCAGGCAAAGGGGGCCCUCACUGGCAUGCUUGUAUAAUCCCUGUGUAAUUUUAGCUGGGUUGGUGUUAACAUUGCAUGGUUCAUCUGGAUUCUAAAUGGAUGCAAAACUAACUGAAGGGGAAGCAUUCACACCAUGUGCAAGUUUAGCAUCAUACAGAAAUGGUAAAGCUGUAACCUAGUUAAGUGUGUUGGGUGAACAUACACUAGUAAGUAAGUAAAUGCUUUAUUGCUGUAACCAUAGGUCAUAAGAAGCUAACUUAGAAUAAAUACAAUAGAACAGAAUAAGAGUAAAAUAAAGUAAUAAAGAGUGUUAGGUACAAAGAGGUCAAAACACGAUAAAGGCGGGACUACAAUAAAGAAUGGAAAGAAAAAAUAUUUCUGAGUUUAAAUGGUGAUAAAGCAAAAGUAGCAUCCUGAUUACUAACAGUUGGAAAUCCCUCUGCAAGAAGAUAAUUCAGCUGUUUGAGCUCUGAGCCGUUGAAUUCACCCACCAUCAAUAGUUUGGCCCUAAUCUCCUUGUAAAUGGGGCAGUGGAGGGCAUAGUGAAUAAUGUCCUCCAUUUGACUGGCACCACAGGAACAGAGAUGAUAUUCAACAGGGAGCUCCCAAAAUCCCCCUUCAAGUUAUGCCAAAGGCAUGGCCUGCACAUGAAGAGAUGUAAAAGUGCUGGAAAUAUUAACCAGUUACCGGGAGAGGCUUCUAUGUCUUUUACAGUGAUGAAAUCAAGGUGAACCUUUGGAUGUCUGUACUACAGUAGCAUCUCUAUUGGCAUUGCUUUCAAAAAACCUACCUCUGGCUGGUUUCUCUGUUCCAGGAGCUGAGUUCUCCCGAAGGGAAGGGAGGAACGCAAAACAAGCAUUCACUCUUUACUUGGGUGUUUUUUUUUUUACUCCUUAAUCAUUUCUACUUAAAAGUAACCCAGGUGUUCUACCGUAACCACCCUUUUUAUUCAACAGGGGCUGGGUUGGGCCCUCGUGUUGAUGUGAGGUGAUCUGCCCAUCAUACACUGAACUUUCCUCUUGCAGAGAAAGUCAGCCACUGGCUGGAGCGCCCACACCUGAAGUAACCUCCCACCCACCUGGGGU